GUUUGUGGAAACAGUCUGCAUGCCUAGGUGAUGCAUUGUAUACACCUGUGUCCAUGGAGGGGAUUGGAACCCCUGAAUCACAUGAUAUGGAGAGGAUUGGAGCACCUGAAUCACAUGAUAUGGAGGGGAUUGGAACACCUGAAUCACAUGAUUGGGAGGGGAUUGGAACACCUGAAUCACAUGAUAUGGAGGGGAUUGGAACACCUGAAUCACAUGAUAUGGAGGGGAUUGGAACACCUGAAUCACAUGAUAUGGAGGGGAUUGGAACACCUGAAUCACAUGAUAUGGAGGGGAUUGGAACACCUGAAUCACAUGAUAUGGAGGGGAUUGGAACACCUGAAUCACAUGAUAUGGAGGGGAUUGGAACACCUGAAUCACAUGAUAUGGAGGGGA